AUGUCCUCGGUGCCCUCUCCCCUUCCCAAUCUCUCAGGCGGAUGCUUCACUGGCUCUGGCUCUGGUACCUUCUUUGAGUCUCAGGGAUCACUAUCGGCUGGCUACUCUGGCUUCUCUGGCUUCUCUGGGUCUGAUGAUCUUUCUCGCGCUCGUUCGCACUCGGGAUACUCUCAGAACAAUGGACAGCUCAACCAACCCAACUGGAACUUUGGUCAAGACAUAUAUUCCCUCCCGCAGCCGCAGCAACAACUCAUCGCGCUUCAAGACCAGGUCUCGUCACUGAUCCAGCAGCUUGAGGGUGUCAAAACAGAGCGGGACACGUUAAAGACUCAAAAGGAGGUCACCGAUGCCCUAUACACCAAACUCGUCAAAUCUGUCAAGCUCGCGCGUGGUGCUUCACCCGUUGCGUUUGGCAAGGUGCCUCUCACCGGGAACCAGGAGAAGGACCUGGCUAAACUCAAGGCCGCGUUUCCUAAGGUCGAGUUCUGGCUAAGGACUGAUUAUACAGGCUGGGACGGCGAUCAGGUCGGCGACGAUGAGGAACACGGUGCUACACCUUAUCUUGAGGACGAAUUUGGCGAGAAGAUCACCCGGGAGACUGUCGACGCUAUCAAACUGACGCUUCGCUCUAUGUGGACUGGGUAUGCUAAGAGCGGCGACUUACUGCCUUCUUGGGGCGUUCAGACGUUUGACGUUAGGGAGGAGAUCCGCGAUGUUAUGUACGCGAAGUAUCCGUGGCUCACGCUGUGCCUCAACGACUGGAAACUCGAGUUUCUCUGCAGCAAAACAUUCCCCAACUACAAACGCGCAAAGCUCGACGAUGACGGCAAUCUCAAAAUCAAGGCCGAUAACCCUGACGACCAGGACACUUCCAAAUCCACACGCAAGAAGCGUUCAGCGUCAGCAAGCAAAGGCUCCACGCGUGCAACAAAACGUGCCAGGACCAAGGGUAAAACUCCUGCGCCAGAUGAGGUGGUGGCCAACCCAGUGACGGCCCGCUACCCCGAGCUAGGUGCUCAUGAGGAGGUUAUAGACGCGACAGAGUCAGCACUAGACGAGGAUGUUGCAAAUGUCGAAGGCAAUUCCCCUGACAUGGUUAACAAUGAGGGUGUCGAGGAGGACGAGGCCAGCAUCCCCGACAUUGGGUCCGCAGAUGACAAUGGCCGUGACAUGGCCAUUGAUGACGACGAGGCCUUUGACGAGGCACCCCCUCGCGAAGUCUCUCCCACCCCCUCUGGCAUGUCGAUUCAUUCGAGCCAGCUCGAGUAUGCAGAGGAUGUUCCUGCGGGCGCAGACAGGGACAUUGUAUCUCGUGUUGCACCCGGCCCUGCGCACGCUCCCCAGCCCCAAGUUCAACGCAAACCCUCGGUUAUAGCUGCACCACACACAGAGACGUUGUCUGCAGCUUCAACUGCCCGACAAGUUGCUCCAUCAAGACUGCCUCGAAUGAUCCCUACCCCUCGUAUCAUCUCGCGUCAUCCUGUCAUCAAUACAUCUACCGCUCUGCCUGUAAACUCGGCACAAGCAGCCGCUUCAAAGAAACCAGCAGCGACAACGCCAUUGAUGCCCUCGGACGACGCUUUCAAGUCUCGCGCGAAAGCGGCAAAGGAGAACUCAGGUGUUAAAGCCAGCACAAAGGCCAGUGCGCGCAAGGAUGGAGCGACAUCUAGGAGUUCCAAGGGCAAAGAAAAGGCCGCUGCUGAGGUGCCGGCAGAAAUAGCAGGCCCGUCCGGAGUGAACAAGGAGAACGACGCUAGCGAUGGUGGGUGGACUCCAGGGAAAGCACGGAAUGGAAAAGUUCUAUGUGCUCUACGCUGGCUCAACCAGGUGCACACCGGAGCGCCCGCCACUGAGCAAGAUUUUGUGGAGUACUAUGAUGCCUUAUCUAGGUCUUCAAAAUCGAAGUAUACAAGCGAAUCCAGGCGCCUUAUCGACUCGGGCAGCUGGACUGCGCAUACCGAGCUCUCCGAAAUUGCAAAAGGACCUCUUCACUGA